UAGCUCGCCAUGGCUCUGUGCGCGGGUGUCGGAGCCAUGGCUUUGCCCAGCGAGCUUAUCGUCCACAUAUUCUCCUUUCUGUCCGACCGAGACAAGCUCCCCUCGGCUGUGUGUUCUCGGUGGAGGGAGUGUCUGUUCUACCCCGCGCUGUGGGGCCGAGCUCAAACUGCGAUAGGCGGCGGAUCUACCUCCGAUGAGACCCCGAAGCUUGAGUUCCUCAUGCGGAAGUUUGGCUCGUUCGUGCGGGAGUUGCAACUGAAGUCGCACCGGUGGAGGGCACCUCGGCGCCCUGAACAACGACCCGUCGUCCGCCAGGAUGGAUCAGCCUCCCGUCCCGACAGCGACCCGCAGCUUUCGGAGCGAUGGAGGACGCCAUGGCCUACCUACUUGGACCAGGUGUUGUGCGUGUUCUCCAGCAUAAAAAACAACAGAAACCUGCAGAAGCUGAGUCUUUAUGGAGACACCUUUAUUCUCCAGCAAGAAGGACUAUUAGACAGCUCCAACCUGCACCAAAUCCACCAAGGGGACAAAAAGAUCAAUGAAAUCCAGCAGCUGUUCAUGGAGCUGCUGUCGAACAGCAGGCAGCUCAAGUGGUUGUCCUGUAGUUUUAUGCUGGGACUGGUCACCCCUUGUUCUUUAGCCUGUCUGUCAAACCCUUCUGCUGAGAGUCUGCAACACCUCAGUUUACUGGACCACCAGCUAGGCCCUCUCAUCUCACCAUCGGAGCUGGAUCGCCUCUCCAACCUGCACUCUCUGGCUGAUUUCUCAGACUUGACAUCCGAGUUGUGUGGCCUGCUGGCUUCUCCACGCCGAACGCCGCUGCACCGCCUCUCCCUGCUGCUCAACGGUGCUGCGCUGGAGUUCAAAGCAUUAGAGGGGACAGCUACAGAGGAUGACUGGAAGGCUCUGGUACGCGUGAGUGCCAACUUGCGAGUAUACAUCAUGGCCCUGGAGGUGGACAGCUCCGAGCUCCUCAGGUUCCUGAAGCCGAGCCUUCCCCUGGAGCGUCUUCAUCUCGACAGCUACAGCACACUUGUGACCGACGCCACACUGGAGCUCAUCUCUCAGCAGUACAACAAAACGCUGACGCACUUCCUGCUCCUUAGAGAUGGCCACGACUUUCCUGACCUCAACGUCAACCGCAAUGAGGACCCGUUGGUUCUGUUGGCAUGGAGAUGCACUCAGCUGGCUGUACUGGUGAUACACGGUUACACUGUGUGGUCCCAUAACUUGGUGGCUAUCUCUCGACUGCGAGGCUCCAGCCUCCGUGUCCUGACCGUCUCUGAGGAGAGCAUCGACUUCGACCCAGACCAGUCGGUGUACGUGGAGGGCGACCCAGUCCACAUGGUCAAGGAGGUCUCUCUGGGCCUCGGCCGCGUCUGGCACCCCUGCCUGGAUUCCAGUCUGGUGUUGUCUGAACCUACCCAGCACUUCCAUCGUGAGCUGCACGCCUUCAGCAUGGGCAUGUAGAUCAGGGCCAGCAAACCCAUCACAUCACAGCCAAUAACCAGUUCAGGCCAGGUCAGGCCAGAUGUGUAAAUCCCAGGUCAGGUUAGGCCUGUGAAUGAGGCCGACGAGCAGAUAGGUUUUAUUCAAUCUGCUGAAAUGGGUCAUCAAUGGUGUUGUCUGGUCUGAUCUGGUCCAUUCUGGUCUGGUCCUCUGACCUACAAAUAUUCAGAGCUCUCUCCUUCACCUUAAUAACCUCCAGAGCCUCUGUAUAAAUGUACGCUUGAGUUGUUUCCUGUUUUGUUUUUUUCUUUCUUUAUUUUUUUUUCUCCAUUCGAUUGUUUUCCAUCUCUCCCUGCUUUGUGUAUAAUGUUUUUUUUUUUUUUUUUUCCUACGUGGUGUUUCCCUCGCCUGUAUAGGCUUUAUGUGUAUUUAAAAUCCAGAUAUAUUAUUAUCCUGCUCACAGCUAGAACAGGACAGGCAGGCAGAUUGAGUGAUGGACUAGUGGGAUUUGCGAGACGAUGUGUGUUCAGACACAAGCUAUUAGCUUUAGUUGCAACAGGUUAUUUAGUUUUGUUUUUUUAAACAUUUGUUCUGUGUUGGCGUGUCAGCCUGCUCCACUCUUGCAAAAGCUGGAGUACGUUGGGUAACCGAUCACUGAAUUCCUCAGUAACACAUCCAUAGUUGCUGCUUUCGUUGCUCUGAAAGAGCGCCUUGUGCACUUGUCCACUCGUUGGCAAGCCUUUUACCAGCAGGGUGGGAAUUUCCACUGUAUGAUGGCUGACCGUGGCUGGUGCCAAUCAGUUUUUAAUGCAGUUUAAAGCAACAGUCAGAUCAGCAUCUCUUUGACCUGAGGUCCGGUAAAGAGCGUGGCUUCUCGAAGCCAAAGGAUUUCACUGAGGUUCCAGUUGCUCGGUACUUGUAUCGCUAUGUGGUCUGCAAAGAUCCCAAAACUUAUCUAGUGAGAGAAACAGGAUGACAUACGACAAUAAGGUUUUCUUGGUGACUCAUCAGAUCACAUAGUUGAAUAUUUCCAUGUCUAUUGUCAAAUAACCGGACUGCAUUUAGAAUUUCAAGCACCUCAAAGCAUCUUACCAAAGGUGUUGUGGAGAAUAUUGUUACAUACUCAUAGCCAACAUUCCCCACCUGGCUCGCUUGGUUGACUUUUUCUUGGGGGGGGGACGUAACCAGUCAUGUAAGCGGGAAGCCUCGUCUUCCAACUGACAUUUUGAGCCAAACUCGUCAAAAUCUGCAUUCAAUUCAUCACAGCGGAAUGCAAAGUGACUGUGUUCGGCUGUUUUGAUACUCUUGAUGUGUAUUUCUUCCUCUCCGACUAUUAUCCACAGCACUUUUGUGUGAAAGUCGUGUCGUUUUGUCUAAGUUUUCUUAUUGCAUGCUAACGUGAAGGCAUCAGUAGAGAAAGUGACACCAAAUGAGAGGGAGUAGAUGGAGCGUGCGCCACAUCAAAGAUGAUGCAGUCAUCAUCUAAUAGGCUUGUAUAAAAAGGAACGGAAAAGAGUUUCAUUAUGGAUAAUGCCAUAUUUGGGGUUCAUGUGUUUUGAAAAAUCUUUGCAACUGUUUCCAAACUUGAGGUCAUGCAAAGACAUUGAAGACCAUCCCUGGGGUGAGGCAGUUCUGUCGGCAGGAUCCAGUUUUUCUCGUCCAAAUGUGAUUACAGUUAAGAAAUGAGAAAAGAGCGCACUGAAUGUAAACUCAUCUCACACUUCUCCUCCUGUUGGCCGGUUGCUUAGCCUUUUUUCUUCAAAGGGAACAGUAUAGCUGGAUUCACCACAAGAGUGUCAGCAGAUGCAUCUCUUGCCAGGGCUGAGAGGGGAGGGGUAUACAACAUUGUAGUAUCAACUGAUAGCCAGAGCGUGCAUGUCUUUCUUUUCUUUUUCUUUUUCUUUUUUUGAUCCCCCCUUGAGAAAUAUCUACAGCACAACAAGAUUCUGGGUAUCAUGUUGAAUGGUUCUUCUCUGUCAGUCUCAGGUAGGCUUUUACCAUCACUCUUACCAGGACCGUGAUGGUGGUGUUGCAUCAGGUGUGCAAAACAAUCAUUUAAGUAUGGGACAUGGUUUUGUUGUUUUUCUUGUGUUAUUUUUUUAAGGUUCCUCUUGAGUCACAGUUGCCUUUGAAACAGCCCCCUUGUUUUCUGGAUGAGGUUGUCUUCGUUGAUGUUUGUCUUGCCAUCUUAGAAACCCUCGCUUACCCCCUCAGUUAGAGGGUUUGCAAACCUAAUCAUACAUUUGUUUUCAAAGAUUAAGGUUGUUCAAGACUAAAGAAAGAUGGCAAGGCUGAGCUGCUCAUUGCACGUGUUUUAUAUCUUUAGAUGUUGUGAGAUUGGAGACCAUAGAGUGGCUGGUGGGGAAACAAAAUCGAUGCUGUCAAUAGCAGACGUGCUUAUCGUCGUCGACGUGGGAUCUGAUGGUAGGAGGUUUUCUGACGGGUGGGAAACAAUGUCUGCCUGGAACAGCAGGGUUCGUCCGACUGAGCCUGUCCCUCAAUCAUUUACAAAUGCCAGGCUCCGUUCGAGUACCGCUGUUCUCAUAAAACCAGUGAAUGUCCUUCAGGCAAGCACGCCAUGUUGCAAGGCGCAACCCAGGUCCUACUGGCCAAAAGCUUUAUACCAAUACAAGCAACGUUGCUUGAUGAGUGGACCAUGUGUGGUAAAUGUUGCCAUUGCUGAGUGGGUCUGACAGCUGGGUCUUGCAAAAGACUGAAAGAAAUUAGUUGCGUUAGAGAAGUCUCUCUCCCAGACAGCGUCGGCUCCUCUGCAGUUACACUGACUGCACAGCUCGUGAAAAUGGCUCUGCUAACUGUGAAGGUCCAGUUUAAAGGCCGUAGUUUACAAGGUCGUACCAUCCAUUUCUCUUUGAUGUGGAACCAGCAUCAUUCAACACGCCAGCACUUUGCUCGCUUCAGAACAAAUGUGUUCCUGAUGAGAGGCCUGCAGUCACCGAACGUUCGCUCAUCUGUUACAGGACCUGAAAAGCUUAGCCAUGAUAAUCUCCCAAGUCCUUGGUUCAUAUCUCAGGAAUAAAAGCACUUUGGUACCAAGAGUUUCUUUUAAAGACUGCCGUGGUGUAUGUAUAGCGCUGUACACUCGGAGGGGACAGAAAUACCAACAUAACAUGUUCAGACCAAACACUUGUUGGAUUUAUCCCCCGCUCCCCUCUUCCUCUUUUCCCUGCCGCCUCUUAUAAGAGCUUGCUCUUUUUAUGUGAAGCAUUUCACCAUUCUUGAAGUUCAUAGUUUGUGUAGAUUUCGGGAAUGAAAAUCAGUGUUUAUUUUAGUGGAAUGUAAUGUCAAAUUUGAUAGUCAACUCAGCUACACAUAUAUUUUAAGAAUUUUUUUUAAGCUAGUUUUUUCAUCUUUAACUUCCCAGAUGUUACCGAUUCAACCGUAGAGGUCAGGCAAGGCUGUUUGGAGUCUAACUCCACACAUGUGGCUGUGGGUUUUUGACAAGAAUUUGAAGAGAAGUCUGGGUUUAUCACUGAAUAAAUUUGAGCAAAAUGAAAUUCAAGAAUUCACCCAAUCACAAAGUGGACAACCAAAUUUAAGUGAGAAAACAGAAAUUUCUUUUGGUUUAUUGUCAAAGAAUCAUAAACUAAGAGCCUUGUGUAUAAUAUUUAAAAAAAAAAUUGUCAAAUUGUGCAGAAAAAACAUUUGAAAUACAAUUUUCUCAAUUUGAAAACAUUUUGUAAUGGAAUUUUGACCAAAUGGAGCAGAGCUAAUUCAGAACUUGGAAACACACAAUGGUGAGAGAGAGCGAACGAGGGAGAGAGGCAGCUUUACAGGUCGAGCAGCUGUGUGGUCUGUCCUGGGAAGCUGGCUGUAUUGACUGCAUCUUUUUAAACAUCUAGACUUUAUUUUUGUAGUCACACAGAUUUUAAUGUCUACAAUUUAACCUUAUUCUCAACUUCUAGAUAUUUCUCAAAAUUACAUUUCAGCUUUUAUUUUUUUUCUGAACAGCUUGACUUCAUUCUCAAUUGUGCAAUGUUUUUACUUCUUUCUCUAUAUUUAAACUUAAUUUUUACAAUAGAAAUGUUAAAAAAAAAAAAAACAGAGACCCCCUCCUCCUCCCGGAGCCCGGUCACUCCGUUGCAUCACAUAGAGACAGUGCGAGACAAAGCAGUGCCUGGUGAGGUGGCGCUGACAGGGGGAUUGAUAAAUUGACCAGUGGAGAAGAGGAGGGGUGAAACUGACCUUUCCCUGAUCCCUCUGCGUCGCCGCCAGUAGCUAAAUAUCGAGCCAUCUCGUGCCUGAAACUUCGGGAGUCUCACUGCUUCCCAAACCCCGUAGUUGUACCACAGAUGAUG